AGCUCAGGCACCCUGAGAGGGAGAGAGCAGGCUUGCAUCAACGUAACUGAAGCACAAACAGCACAAGAGGCAUCAAAGAUCAGUCUCAGACCGGACACAAAGGAGAAACAAGGAGCUGAGCUUGAGAUCAGUAUACAGUAAAUCCAGUCAGCUACCGGCUACACUUGAAAGGCGCUUCCUUGGUGACUAUGGCAGGCAAAAACUGAAGAAUAUUUAUCAGAUUUAUUUAUUCUCAGGUUUUCUUUCUUCACCAAGCUUCACAUAUACUUUAAAAAUAUGCCUGAACAAAGCAAUGAUUACAGAGUGGUGGUAUUUGGAGCGGGAGGAGUUGGCAAAAGUUCGCUGGUCUUGAGGUUUGUAAAAGGCACUUUCAGAGACAGUUAUAUCCCUACAAUUGAAGAUACCUACAGGCAGGUGAUCAGCUGUGAUAAGAGCAUAUGCACUUUGCAGAUUACUGACACAACAGGGAGUCAUCAAUUUCCUGCCAUGCAGCGUUUGUCUAUUUCCAAAGGACAUGCUUUCAUUUUGGUCUAUUCUAUCACCAGCCGGCAGUCCCUGGAGGAACUCAAACCUAUCUAUGAACAGAUUUGUCAGAUUAAGGGGGAUAUAGACAGCAUUCCAAUAAUGCUGGUGGGGAACAAGAGUGAUGAGGACCACAACCGAGAGGUCCAAACUACUGCUGGAGAAGCCAUGGCCAAAAAAUGGAAGUGUGCCUUUAUGGAGACUUCUGCCAAGACAAACCACAAUGUGAAGGAAUUGUUUCAAGAGCUGCUGAACUUGGAAAAACGCAGGACUGUGAGUUUACAGAUUGAUGGUAAAAAAAGCAAGCAGCAGAAAAGAAAAGAGAAGCUGAAAGGCAAGUGUGUUGUUAUGUGAAACCGGCAAUUGUUUCAAUUCCUUCUGACUGUAUCAAAUUUCAGGCCUGUAGACAAUGAGAAAACAUGUAAGACUUAUUUCAUUAACAGCUGUUUUAAAAGAAAUGUAGUAGAUUUUAAAAUGGUGUGGGGUAAAAGUACUAUAGCCUUUUUAUAAAUUCACCAUUUACAAAGAAUAUUCUGAACAACCAGUGAUAGCUAUUUCAAGAUCAUAGAAAACAGCACAUCUGUAACUAUGCUAUGCUAUGUAUAGAAUUAUGAAAUCUGUAUUUAUUUAUAAUAAUAAAUAUUUGGAAAAACCAUCACUAUAUUUAAGAUUAAAGGAGCCAUUCAGGAUGACAAGUACCCCCUUUUACAUUAUCUUAUGUUCUGGCUUCAUUAGUGCCAUUUAUAAUGCUUCUGAGCAAUGUUUAAAUUGUGAGAUUCACACCACCUCACUUACAGACCUCAAUAACAUACAACUCCACUGAAGACAUAAUCUGAUAAAUGGUUGGCUGCUUGUUGGGGAUCUCCCCAACAAGCAGCUGAUCCGGAGGUUUAAGUGUCCAUUUCCCUGCCACUGCUAAGUGGCCAGAAAGGGGCAUUUAAAACCCAUGAACCACGAACCGGUUCAUGAACUUGCCCCAGUUCAUGGGAGUUCGUGGUUCUUGGUUUGUGAAAACGCCAUGAACCAUGAACCACACUGUUUGGUCUUUUCGUGGUUCGUGCCCACGUCUAGUCAGGAGUCAGAAAGAAAAGUUUUUGACCAAAGUGGUACUUUUAUAGGGCAAAGUGCCUAUGAUGAAUAUUUUACUAUGUAUUUAUUGUUAUCUUCUAAUACAGAAAUAAACUAAUGACUGUAUGUUGUCCAAAGGUUUUAUGAUUAGAUUAUGCCAUCUUAAUUACUGACAUGAACUGAAAGAUAAAGUUUUCCAGUCUUUAUUCAUGGGGAAAUAGGGUUGGCUAGCUUAAUGAUGCAGGAACUUCCCAUGUUGCCACUUAAUCCCUUGUUGUGUUACCUGGGAAUACAGGGAGUGUCUCCUAGGAAAAGGAAAAAAAACUGGUGUAGCAUAGGGUUUCUUGUAACAAAUUCCACCUUCUCAUAUAGUAAGGUACAGUCUGGGAUUCUGUGCAUGAACAGACAGUUUUGGCUUACAGUAGGCAAUCCUUGGCUGGUUGGUCUUGGAUGUACAGGAUGAAACACUAAAGUAAAUAUAUAAUGCUAUUUAUGAGUCAGAAUGAACGAACAGUUUGCAGGGGAUCCACUAGGUUCCUUCCUUUAAAUGAGGAAUCUUUCAUUGGAAUAAAAACUGUUUAUACUGGAGGAAGGAGUCCUCUAAUUGGGACUCCUUUUUCAGAGGAAGGAGUCUUUCUCCUUCACUUACCAGAAGGGAUUUCAAUGAUAUGUUGAGGAAAUUAUAAAACUGAUUGUCGAAACUUUUGUUGUAAUUUCUUGUAUCAUCAUGUAGACUUUUAGAAACAAAUGUUAACCUUUACAAAGAGACCUGCUUGAUAAAAACAAAUAUUUAAGAUUCAAAAAGCAUUAUUCAUUUUAAAAAUGGUAUGAAUAUUGUAUAGGCUAUAUUUUGCAUCAGAACAAGCUACUUUGAAAGAGAAGAUAUUAACAUUUUGGCAAGACUGCGUAUUUCAAAAGCUGGAGAAUGCAGUUAAGUGUUUGUAAAAAUAGCAUGCUUGUUACAUUUUAAAUGUCAGCAAAGAGCUAUUUAAAUGCAUCAUUCAUUUUUGAAUACACAUUGCUCAUGAACACUUGAAUGCUGUGCACCGUUUCAUAUCAAUAACCUUUGGCAUAAAUACAGAGGACCACAGACAAUCAAGCAUCUUCAGAAUAAGACCAUGGGACAUUUAUAUUUCCUUUCUGUUCUCCAUGUAGACAUAAAACUAUUUCCAAUUUACUGGACAGAAAACUGAAUUGAUCUACCAAGGGUGAUAUCAGACAGAUAUGGUGGAAGUUAUUUCAACACAGUCACUAUCUAAUGAAAAACACUUGUUUUCAGGCCAAAAAACAUGCUUCAAAAUAAGCAGUCAUUUCAACAGUGAAAGUGUAUCCCAUUUUCAUUGCACCAUGGUUUAUCUAAUGAACAGCCAUUAAAAAAAAAUUUAUAAGUACAUGCAAGACUUCCAUAUAAUUUUAACUAGAGAUGGGCAGGAACUGGGAAAAUUCCAAAGCAUGCUGUUCGUGGUUCAUCGCAUUUCAUGAACUAUGAACCAUAAACUUUCACAAACUUGCCCUAGUUCAUGAACCAGUUCGUUAGGUUUGUGAAGACCGUCACUUCUGGGUCAGAAGAAUGUCUGUAGAGAGCCCCCCCCCCUUGUCUAGGAAACUGAUUGAUGGGCACCAGGCUGUCUGCAGUGACAAACUGAAAUAUGAACCAAAUGGAGCGGGCUAGAAUUCAUCACGAUUUGUGAGAAAUGAGCUCCCAUGAACUUCUGGUUCGUGAACCAUGAAUCAGCCCAGUUCAUGAUGAGCUUCGGUUUGUAUUUUGGUUUAUGCCCUCCUCUACUUUUAACCUCUAAGUGGCUUCUCUUUCCAUCUGCCAAAAUCCAGCAGUAUUUAGCAUGGCAAUAAUUCACUGUGUCAUCAUGUUAAUGGCUUGUUUCAUUUCUCAGCCAAAGAAAGAUUUCUAUCUUUUAUGUUUGGGACUCCAUUAAGAAAAAAAGGAAAACUGAAAGGAAUGAAUACUUUUCAGAACACUUUUUUUUAGCUAUUUGGCUAUAUCCAGUAUCUGCUUUAUUUAUUUUAAAGAUUUCUUCCCACCUUUUGAUCAAAUAAUUCUGGAAGAUUACAAAUAAUAUAUUAAAUAAAGAACUAAAAAAGAAACAGUCAGUGGAUUUGUGCUUUUUGGCCAAAUUACCUUUCCUUUCAAAGUCUGCAGUCCCUGGGCUACUGGCAUUUGACUGGAAUGUUAUUCUUGGUAGGGGAUGAAUAUGAACGCUUCUUGUGGCUGUUCUUUCUGGCCUUCCUUUUUCUAGACAUAGUUUUUUUUUCUUGUGAGGGUGUAGUCAAUGAACAUCUUGAAUAUGAAUUGGAAUCUCAGGCCAAUCUAUAAAAGAAGUGGGCUAUAUGUGGCAUUGUUUUUCUGCCUUCUGUGGCAUUCGCUUCAGAUAGGGUUGACAACCUCCAGGUGGUGCCUGGAGAGCUCUCAGAAUUACAACUUAUCUCCAGAUAUCAGUUCCCUUACAGAACAUGGUGCUUUGGAGGGUGGACUCUAUGGCAUUAUAUACUGCUGGUUCUUCCUCUCUUCUGCCCUCCCCAAGCUCUGUCCUCCCCAGGCUCUACUCCAAAAUCUCCAGGAAUUUCCCAACCUGAAGUUAGCAAUCCUACCCUCAGAGCUUCAGUCUUCCAUGCAUUUUACUAAAUUCCUCCUACCGAUCUAUUUUCCACAGUCUGUGACAACUUACUGGGAUGGUCGCAACUUAUACGUGCAGCCUAUCCUUGGAAAUAUUCACUCUCUACUCCCCAGACCAUAUAUAUGCAUGAGAGCCAGACAGAUAACAGUCAAGCCAUCUGCUUCAAUUCUGUGGCCUUUAGCUAUUAAGAGCAACUUUGUAGUAUAUCUUUGAGCUGUAGCAACCAUUUCCCUUUCUGCUGAAAUGUGCAGAAUCCCUAAAGAAAUAGGAAAGGUCCUUCUUAAUGUAAUUCCAGUUUACAUUAUAUAAUAGGAAGAAAGGUUUUCUAAUCCCCAAAUGCUACCAGUGAUUGCAGUUCUAAUCCAUCUGCACCAGUAAAAUCAAAGGAAUCAAAGUAAGAAUCUAGCAGGGCUAUUAAAGUCGAUUUUCUUUUUUUGUAGUAGUUCCCCCAUGUAAGACUGCCAAACCACUAGAAAAUGUCUGUGAAAUGUAAAGAAAAUAUCCCUUUGUUUCCCAUUGCUCCAGCUCUUGUAACAAUUUAAUAAGCCAUGGUUAUGUUUCAUGGUCCUGUAUUGAUCAACACAGGGCUAGUACAGAAGCAAUAUAUAUUCCUGGACCAGUAAUUUGAAGAGAAAUACAUUUUAUAUUAUGCCCUUCUGUGAUCAUUGUAAUUUGUAAUAGAUUUUAUGUGUCUGUGGAUUUACCAAAAUACUGGUUUUGCUCUUACUGAUAUAAGGAAGUAAUUUCUUUUGAUAGACAAAGAAAACUCAUUAAAAAGGAUGUGUUAUACAGCUUUAUUAUAUUUUGUGAUUUGUUUACAAGUGCGUUAUUAAUAGACAUGAAUUGUUUAGAAUAUACACUCUCAACAUUAUAAAAAUAUAUGACAGACAAUUAUGCUGUUCACAAAGCAUGAAUUUUACAUACCUGUGUAAUCAAUUAAGAUAUAUAGUUAUCAUUCAGAUGUAUUUAUUGUUACAGUUUCACUAUCAAAUAUUUUAUUCAACAGAUACCAUGUAAUCUGUGCCUACUGGUUUCUAUGUUC